GAUUCUUUGCUAAAUAUUCUUUGGAUAUUGGGUUAUUUUACUUGGGCGGAGUGGAUUUUGUUUCUUUUUGCAUUGGGAGAUAUCUAGAAAGGCGGAAACGAUAUACGUCUGCAUUGCUUUGGGAUGUGUUGACCUUUUUGACUUUUGCUAUUCUUGCUUUUGCUUUGCAUACCUUUUUGAUUUGAUUGUUUCAUGUAUAUGGAUUGGAGAUGGGUGACUACGAUUGCUCAUUACUUUUCCUGCCACCGGUUCCGUGGCAGAUGGGUCUGGUUUGUUGUGAGAAAAUCCCGGUUGGAUGCGGAGUUGAUUGAUGUCUUUUGGGGGUCGCUCGUUAAUCGCGAGUUUCGACCAUUUGCACUAAAAUUGUGUUGUUUCAAUUUGAUGUGUCGUUGGUCGACCAUCUCUUUCGAUUCGUCUUCCGCGUUGACUCGUUUGGAUUCUUAUGGUAUUAUUUUGUCUAUUAUUUUUUUUUUCUUCUGGGAACUCCCGGGGAGUACGAUGCAGUGUAUGAUUUUUUUAUUUAUUCUUGGGAAAUCUGUCAUUCUCAUUGCUUCUCUUUUGUUUAUAUUGCUUUUUCUCUGAAAUAUGAAUACAUAGUCGUCCACCACUGAAGUAAUUAUAUCAAGCGGAAUUGCUUUGAUCAGGUCGGUGCACAUUGCCCUCGUCCACUUGUCCCUCUCGUGGUCGACUAUCAUCCUGUUUUCUCGUGUUCAAAAAACGGUGAACC